AGCCCCGCCCCGCGCCUCCCGCCGUGGCGCUACACUGACGUGUCUAUCCGCGGAUAAGUUGCGCCCCGGCGCGGUGUGAGCCGCGGGGCAGCGUCGGCUUAGUGGAAGCGGAGCUGAAGCAGGACCCGGAACCCGAGCAACCGACGCCAUGGCGAUCAAAUUUCUAGAAGUCAUCAAGCCCUUCUGUGUCAUCCUGCCGGAAAUUCAGAAGCCUGAGAGGAAGAUUCAGUUUAAGGAGAAAGUGCUGUGGACUGCUAUCACCCUCUUUAUCUUCUUAGUAUGCUGCCAGAUCCCCUUAUUUGGUAUCAUGUCUUCAGAUUCGGCUGAUCCUUUCUAUUGGAUGAGAGUGAUUCUAGCUUCUAACAGAGGCACAUUGAUGGAGCUGGGUAUCUCUCCCAUUGUCACCUCUGGCCUUAUCAUGCAGCUCUUGGCUGGGGCAAAAAUAAUUGAAGUUGGUGACACCCCAAAAGACCGAGCUCUCUUCAACGGAGCCCAAAAGUUAUUUGGCAUGAUCAUUACUAUUGGCCAGUCUAUCGUAUAUGUGAUGACCGGAAUGUAUGGGGACCCUUCUGAAAUGGGUGCUGGAAUCUGCCUGUUAAUCACCAUCCAGCUCUUUGUUGCUGGAUUAAUUGUCCUCCUUCUGGAUGAACUCUUGCAAAAAGGGUAUGGCCUGGGCUCUGGUAUUUCCCUCUUCAUUGCAACCAACAUCUGCGAGACCAUUGUGUGGAAGGCGUUCAGCCCCACCACUGUCAACACUGGCCGAGGAAUGGAGUUUGAAGGUGCCAUCAUUGCACUGUUCCACCUGCUGGCCACGCGCACUGACAAAGUCCGAGCCCUUCGAGAGGCCUUCUACCGCCAGAAUCUCCCCAACCUCAUGAACCUGAUUGCCACCAUCUUUGUCUUUGCAGUUGUCAUCUAUUUUCAGGGUUUCCGAGUGGACCUGCCAAUCAAGUCAGCCCGUUACCGAGGCCAGUACAACACCUACCCAAUCAAGCUGUUCUACACCUCCAACAUUCCCAUCAUCCUGCAGUCGGCCCUGGUGUCCAACUUGUAUGUCAUCUCGCAGAUGCUGUCGGCUCGCUUCAGCGGCAACCUGCUUGUUAGCCUGCUGGGCACUUGGUCUGACACCUCUUCCGGGGGCCCCGCACGUGCUUAUCCAGUCGGUGGCCUCUGCUAUUACCUGUCCCCUCCAGAGUCUUUUGGUUCUGUGUUAGAAGACCCCGUCCAUGCCGUCGUGUACAUAGUGUUCAUGCUGGGCUCCUGUGCGUUCUUCUCCAAAACGUGGAUUGAGGUCUCAGGUUCCUCUGCCAAAGAUGUUGCAAAGCAGCUGAAGGAGCAGCAGAUGGUUAUGAGAGGCCACCGAGAAACAUCCAUGGUCCAUGAACUCAAUCGGUACAUCCCUACAGCCGCGGCCUUCGGCGGGCUGUGCAUCGGUGCCCUCUCAGUUCUGGCCGACUUCCUGGGCGCCAUUGGGUCUGGGACGGGAAUCCUCCUCGCUGUCACAAUCAUCUACCAGUACUUUGAAAUCUUCGUGAAGGAGCAGAGUGAGGUUGGCAGCAUGGGAGCUCUUCUGUUCUGAGCCGUGCGUCCCCACGGACCAAGGAGAGGACUGCUCCUGAGUCAGCGGGAAUGGAGAGGCGCAGAGCUCCCUCGGCGGGCACUUCUCACAGGAGGGCGUUGCUGCGGCAUGCGGACUUCUGUUUCAUGAUGUUUUGGAAUUUUAUAUUCUUUCAUUCCACUUUGUAAAAGGCUAGGAAUUUCCCAAUUUGAACUUUUGCUUUUUAUUCUGGCAUUGGCAAAAAGAACUGUCAAAAUGAGAUUUUUAUUCGGCUAAUUGCCAGAAAUGGUGAAAAUUAUAUCCACAAGUAUCCAGUUAACUUUUUUUAGCCUUCUCAGUGCUGUCCGUGGCCACAGUGGCUUCACCUUUUUCCCCACAAAGGAAAUUCUUUGCUCUGGCUAAAAGCACAUACACUGAGAUGUCUGCCGUUUGUUUUGGCAUUGGAGGGAAGCUGGGAGAGUAGUGUGUGUUUUCUGGUGGACUUGGGGAACUGGUGUAUUGAAACCUUACUACAAUGUCUCCUUCACAGUCAGGAUUGGGAAUAUCUAGUUUAAGACUGUUUCUCUGUAAGAUAAAAUUGUUUUUCCUUUUAAAAGUAGUUUUUUAGGACAGAGCUUC